AUGAGCUUUUCUGAAAAGGAUGGUCACACGGAAUUUGUAAUCACAGACGCAGAUGGUAACACUUUCAGUGUUGUUCACGAGAUCAUUUUGAAUACAGCGAUGUGUUCGUGCAAACACUUUGAAUUGUACGGGUGGUUGUGUCGCCACGUGUUUGUUGUACUCAAAGAAUUGAACAUGAAAUCUAUACCUUAUGCACAUAUCCUGUCACGGUGGAUGAAAACAACCACUAUUAAUCCCAUGUUCCAGGUCAUCGAAGCACACAAGAUUAAACUACUGUCUGAUCAAGGCGAGUAUGCAGCAGUCAGUAAUAAAGAGCAGCAGGUUGAGUCUUUUGUUGGCAUGGUUGCGCCUCAAGAGGUGACCAUUCACCCUCCGACACACUCAAAAAACAAAGGCAACGGGAAAAGACUAAAGAGUGGAAAAGAAAAGGCGAUCGAACAGUCACAAAAGAAGUGCAAAUCAUGUGGCGAAAGAGCCGGUCAUAACGCACGCACGUGCCCCAAGAAACCGUAG